AUACCAUUGUUUGGAAUAAUGUCCUCCGACUCCGCAGAUCCUUUCUACUGGAUGAGAGUCAUUCUCGCAUCAAACAGAGGUCAGGGUCCUAAUCAUCUCUCCUGCUGUCUUUUCUCUGGCUUUGGUUUACCGUCUGGAGAUGGCUCAUGGUGCACAUACCGUAUUUUUCCAUGUAUUGGAUGAGGUUUUCUGACUCAAAAAUCAUGUCAAAAAGCCAGGGUCGUCCAAUACACGGAUAGUGGCAUGGUGGGGGGGGGGGGGGGAGAGAAGCGGUGCGCCACCAGCCAGCUCUUUGGCAGGAGCGCAAAUUCACCCGAUGCUGCUGCACAUGGGAAGCGCUCCCUGGAUUGUUUCCCACACGUGGCGGCAUCGGGGGAGGUUGCGCUCCUGCAAACCGGAUGGCUGGAGGGAGCGCAACUUCCCCCGCUGCCACUUCCCAUGGGAAACGAUCUAGGGAGUGUUUCCUGUCUGCGGCUGCGUGGGGGGAGAGGCUCAACAACUUUGGGCCAUCUCCCCUCAUUUUCUUAAAAUUUAGUCCUCCAUAAUGGGGGGGUCCCUUAUACAAGGGGGCGUCUUAUAGAUGGAGAAGUAUGGUAGUUGGGGUCACAUUAAUGAGAAUGUGCAAUUGACAAGUGCUCUUUUUAUCUUGAAAUUACAAUUUGCAUUGGUCUUUGGUACUGAGAAGCUAAAUAGUAAGUUUUGUUAGAGUUUGGAAAGUACUUGAUGGGUUUCAAAAUUACUGUAUUUUGGUAUGUGAAUAAUUUUUACCUAUAUUUUGCAAAAUGUUUUUCUCCCUAUCACUGCAGAUCUCUUGGAUACAUGGUCAGCAGCUAAUUUUACUUGGAAGACCACAUGCUAUAGCGCGUGCACACACAGAGUGCUUUUUUCUAAAAAAAUGUUCAGGGGUUUUCUCAUUUUCCUACUCAUUUUGAAAUGCUGCCCCUCAAUGAGGCCAAACUUAGAUUUACAAAAUGUUUAGGGGUAUGUGUACCCCUGUGUCCCCCCAGGAAAAAGCACAGUGUGUACGUAUGUAUGUAUGUAUACCAUCAGUGCAGGUCUCUUGGAGACAGGGUCAGCAGCUAGUUUUACUUGGAAGACCACUUGGGGGGGGACAUUCUCUUUUCUCUGUUUCUCCAAGUGGGCUCUUGCAAAUCCAGUAGCCAAUGAAGCCACCUGCUGAACCUGUCAACUGGGUGUGUGGAUGUGACUUAUAUUUCUGAAAGUGCCACAUCUGACUCCCAUUUCUUGUGUAAGAUUUCUGAUUUUAACUAUGUAGUGCAGAGCAAGGAAUUCUCAAAAUGAGGCCAUGGAGAGAAAGAGAUUAUCCAGCCCAUUCCAGAUAAUACGAGCCAUGCUAAAGACACUGUACAGUUGAAUCUUGAUAUUGUCUAGGAGACCUGGAGGGAAGGCACCUUGAUGGAGCUAGGCAUCUCUCCCAUUGUGACAUCUGGUUUAAUUAUGCAGCUACUGGCUGGAGCCAAGAUCAUUGAAGUUGGUGACACACCAAAAGACAGAGCCCUUUUCAAUGGCGCUCAGAAGUUGUUUGGAAUGAUAAUUACUAUUGGGCAAGCAAUUGUGUAUGUCAUGACUGGGAUGUAUGGAGAUCCUGCAGAAAUGGGGGCUGGAAUUUGUCUCCUAAUUAUAAUUCAGUUGUUUGUUGCUGGCUUGAUAGUGCUGCUACUAGAUGAGCUCUUGCAGAAAGGUUAUGGCUUGGGCUCUGGGAUUUCCCUCUUUAUUGCUACCAACAUCUGUGAAACCAUUGUCUGGAAGGCUUUCAGUCCUACAACUAUUAACACUGGCAGAGGAACUGAAUUUGAAGGUGCCGUCAUUGCGUUGUUCCACCUUUUGGCUACACGAACCGACAAAGUCCGUGCUUUACGGGAGGCUUUCUACCGCCAGAACUUGCCUAAUCUUAUGAAUCUGAUUGCUACAGUAUUUGUGUUUGCUGUAGUUAUAUAUUUUCAGGGAUUUCGUGUUGAUCUCCCAAUCAAGUCUGCUCGAUAUCGCGGACAAUACAGUAGCUAUCCUAUCAAACUCUUUUACACCUCCAACAUUCCCAUCAUUCUUCAGUCUGCCUUAGUUUCCAACCUCUAUGUUAUUUCUCAAAUGCUGUCUGUGCGGUUCAGUGGCAACUUCUUGGUAAACUUACUUGGGCAGUGGGCGGACGUCACUGGUGGUGGUCCAGCACGUGCCUACCCUGUUGGAGGCCUCUGCUAUUACCUCUCGCCUCCAGAAUCCAUGGGUGCUAUAUUUGAGGAUCCUGUCCAUGUAAUUGUUUAUAUCAUAUUUAUGUUGGGUUCCUGUGCAUUUUUCUCCAAGACGUGGAUUGAAGUGUCAGGAUCAUCUGCAAAAGAUGUUGCCAAGCAACUGAAAGAACAGCAAAUGGUGAUGAGAGGCCACAGGGAUACAUCCAUGGUUCAUGAAUUAAACAGGUACAUCCCCACAGCAGCUGCAUUUGGAGGCUUGUGCAUCGGCGCCCUCUCUGUCUUAGCGGACUUCCUUGGUGCCAUUGGCUCAGGCACUGGCAUUCUACUUGCUGUCACCAUUAUUUAUCAAUAUUUUGAGAUAUUUGUCAAAGAACAGGCAGAGGUUGGAGGGGUGGGUGCUUUAUUUUUCUAAAUGUUGAGAUACCAUGUGACGUGUAAGAAAGGAACUCCUGUAUUUUGAUGACAUGCAGUCUUUUAUUCCAGUAAUGCCAGUCCCGCCCUCACCCCCGUUCCAAGUGCUACUUGCCAUAUUUCUCAUAAUAGGUAUUGCACAAUGCCUGUGUGCAGCUUCUAUUCCAGCUGCCUUAAGAAUAAAGAGUUUACAUGGGUUAAAAAUACAAAAAAAACUCCAUUGUUGCCUGUGAUGCUGGAAAAUAGUGCAUCUGCCUUCCUGUGGAAAUAGUCAAAAGAUGCCCAUUUUGCUAGUAGAGAACACUUUGGACACUCCAUCACAAGGCUUGAAUGUAGCUGCACACACUGGCAAAAGGGAACCACAACAAUAGAGUUCCAUGUGGCCACAUGUGAGAAUCCCUGAGCUUUUUAAAAAAAGUACAUGCAAUUUCCCCCCUGAAAUAUAUAUUUACAUGAAUUCCUUUUGAUAUACAACUUAAAGAAAUGUGACCUGUUGCAUACCCCAACUCUCCUGGUGUGUGGUCAGUGUCUGAUGCCUUUGCCAUGUUCCCUUGCAAGCACCAUGCUUUGAAGCCAGGAGGGUGUGUGUGAGAAUUUUAACCAUCGCACUUGCAAAUUUGGGAUCUGUGAAGUCACAUGGGAGGAGUAAGGUUGGAAGUCCUUAUCCAAGAUUCCCAGCAGCCAGUAGCAGCCUUCUAAGUGCUGCUUUGCCUUAUUAUAGACCCAUGUGUUCUUUGAAGCAGGGGGAAUCGAUACUGUUGAAACUUCUCCCCUUCUUCUUCCAAAGCCCUAGGUCUUAAAGCAGAGGAAAUUAACAAGUCAUGCUGAAAAAGAAAUCAUUGUGCUUCUUGGCAGCAGUGUAAGCAGUGUAAACAGACAAUAAACUUAUUUAAUUAAAAUGUU